CAAAGCGCGUCACGGGGAGAUUGGCACCGCGCUCCCGCUCCCCGGGCUGCAGCCCCGCACUGCGAGCGGCCGGGGGGAGCCAUGCGAAGGCCCGGGAUGGCGGGGCCGCUGCUCGCCCUCUGCCUGGCGCUGGCAUCCGCCGCGGGCCCCGGGGCUCCCUUCCCCGCGCCGCUGGGGGACAUCAGCGCCUGCCAGCAGCGCUGCGGCCAGCCCCCAGGCGCAGCCCGGGAUGCUGUGCUCAACGCCUGUUACCGAGGAUGCCGGCUGUUCUCCAUCUGUCACUUUGUGGAUGCAAGCGCCGAGCUGAACACAACCAGAGCCGAAUGUGAAUCAGCUUGUAUCGAAGCCUAUGGCAGCGCCGAGGAGCAGUUCGGCUGCACGACUGGAUGCAGGAAGCAGCUGCCCGAGACGCAGAGCCGGAAAGACAAGAGUCUGGAGCUGCAGCCCGUGUCCUUCUCCAUGUUUGACUUGGUCUCCAGCUUUUGCAACGACAUCGUCAGCUCUGCCCAGAGCUUCAUCUCCUCCACCUGGACCUUCUACCUGCAGGCCGAUGAUGGCAAAGUGGUGGUGUUCCAGUCCCAGCCAGAGAUCGAGUACCCGGUGCCCGAGGCGCCAGCGCCCAAGUUGGAUCUGAUGGAGAAGUCCUGGCCUGCGUCCAGUCCUAACACCCUGAAGCCCCACACAGGCCCCCAGGAAAAGCUGGAGAAACCCCCCCUGAAAGAGCCAAAGAGCAAAACGAAGCUCCAGCACCUGGAGACCCAACAACCAGAGCACGACUUCCUGGGCUGCAUGUCCAAGCGGGGGGUGGUGGGGUGCUACAGGCGCUCAGGCCUUCCUCGCUGGAUCCUGGCUGCCUGCCUCUUCCUCUCCAUCAUGGUGAUGCUGUGGCUGAGCUGCGCCAGCCUGGUGACGGCCCCGGACCAGCACGUCAAGACCCAGCCGCUGAGCAUUAACGGCGAUAAGGAGGACCUGGAGGACCUGGAUGGCUCGACCCCCUUUUCUCUGCACCCCGUGAUCGCUGUCACCAUCUGCCCAGCGGACGACAACGAGGAGGCGGGGCCGCUGCCGGUCAAGGUGGAUCUGGACAAAACCGUGCUCUAGAGCCCCUCCCCCACCCGCCUGUCAUCUCCAUGUCUUAUUUCCUGUGAACAUUUUAAUGCACCCCCCCCUUUGCUUUGAUCUGCCUUCCCACUUUCUGCUGUUUUAAACCCCUCCCUGCACUGUGUUUGAAGAUAACCAUCCUGGGCCGUGGGGGGAGGGGGGCAUCCACUCCCGGCCCCACCUCCACCCAUUGUCCUUGUGCGUGGGAGGGGGAAUUGUUUUCCUCCCCCUGGUCACAAUCCCAGCCCCAGCAGGGAGCGGUACUGAGAGGGAUCUGGUCGGUGGGGGGGGUGGUUCUUGCCUUGUGUCUCCGGUGCUCCAGGUGGGAGCUUUGAUGAGAACAACACGGUCUGUGAGCUUGGUUGCCUGGAGUCAGAUGACUGGUGGGAGCAAAGAGGGGAGCA